AUGGAUCACCGCCCGCAAGCUUGGGGUCGUCCCAGAGAUGAUGUCUACGGCGCCUAUGACCACUCCUUCCUCCAGAACAGCGGCCCGAGGCAGGCGACACAAGCACCCAUCGUGACGGGUACCUCCGUCAUCGCGAUCAAGUACAAGGACGGUGUAGUCAUGGCCGCGGAUAACCUUGCUUCCUACGGCUCCCUAGCUCGCUUCCCCGACGUCAAGCGCCUGCGCGUCUUCCUCGACUCCUCCGUCAUCGGCUUCUCCGGCGACGUCUCCGAUAUGCAGUUCCUCGACCGCCACCUAACCGAGCUCUCCAUCGACGAAGCCUACGAGGACCCCUCCUCCGACAGCAAGGCCGGCCAGCUGAACGCCGCCAACCUGCACAAGUACCUGCAAAAGCUUCUCUACAAGCGCCGCAACGACUUCGACCCUCUCUGGAACCAGCUCCUAAUCGCCGGUUUCGAUGGCGACUCCAAGCCGUACCUGGCUUCUGUCGACCUGCGCGGCACCAGCUUCACGAGCCCUUCCCUGGCGACGGGCUUUGGCAGCGCGCUGGCGCAACCUAUCAUGCGCCGGUAUGCGGCGACGGAGGAGGAUGCGGCCAGGCUGAGCCGCGAGGAGGCGGUGGAGGUGGUCAAGGAGUGCAUGAAGGUGCUGUACUACCGCGACGCGAGGAGCUUGGAUCGGUACAGCAUUGCGGUUGUGACGAAGGAGGGCGUGGAGCUGAAGGAGGACGAGCAGCUUGAGAAGCAGAGCUGGGCUUUUGCUGAGCGGAUCAAGGGGUAUGGUACUCAGACUGUUUAA